CUUUGUAAACAUGUCGAGCUCUUGGCUGGUUUGCCUCUUGGCCUUUCUCGUCAGUUUGGUGGCCUUGACUCAAGGUCUUCCCCUUCUGGAGGACCUGGAUGAGAAGAGUGUUCCGGGAGGCCGCAUUGUGGGUGGCUAUGCGACGGACAUAGCGCAGGUCCCGUACCAGAUUUCCCUGCGCUACAAGGGUAUCAGCACGCCGGAGAAUCCCUAUCGCCAUCGUUGCGGAGGAUCCAUUUUCAAUGAGACCACAAUAGUGACAGCGGCGCACUGCGUCAUCGGAACGGUGGCCAGUCAAUAUAAGGUGGUGGCCGGGACAAAUUUCCAAACCGGCUCCGAUGGCGUAAUCACCAAUGUCAAGCAGAUGGUUAUGCACGAAGGUUACUACUCGGGAGCUGCCUACAACAACGACAUUGCCAUUCUGUUUGUGGAUCCCCCAUUGCCGCUCAACAACUUCACCAUCAAGGCCAUUAAGCUGGCCUCGGAACAACCAAUUGAGGGAACGGUCAGCAAGGUCAGCGGAUGGGGAACCACUUCUCCCGGUGGCUACUCCUCGAACCAACUGCUCGCGGUCGAUGUUCCGAUUGUAAGCAACGAGCUCUGUGACCAGGACUACGAGAACUUCGGCGACGAGACCUACCACAUCACAUCCGCCAUGUUGUGUGCCGGGAAACGGGGUGUCGGUGGUGCGGAUGCCUGCCAGGGUGAUUCCGGAGGACCGUUGGCGGUGCGCGAUGUGCUCUAUGGAGUCGUGUCUUGGGGCAACAGUUGCGCACUGCCCAAUUAUCCUGGCGUCUAUGCCAAUGUGGCGAACCUGAGGCCUUGGAUCGAUGCCGUUCUGGCGGGGCUCUAAAUUAAUUAUAUCACCCAUUCCACGUUUUGUAAAUAAAUUGGCUUCUGCAGCCACGUGCCCUAGGG